CCUUUCAGAGUGCUAGGAUUAUAGGCGUGAGCCACCGCGCCCGGCUUGUUUUGGCUAUCUUUGGAAGGGCUUUGAGGAAAUAAUAAAUGCUGUUACUGGAUAAAACCCGUAAUCGCUCUGAUCCAAAACCUCAGCAUUGGCACUAAAGGAAGUUUUAGGGAGAACAGAUGUGACUGUGAGAUAACUGUUGAAUAUGUAAAAUUAUCCAGCUCACAAGGCUACCAUGGGAAAUCUUAGGGGCAUUUCAGUAAUGGGUGAAUGGGAUAACUAUAUAUUUAUUGGCUGGAAUAACAGAUUAGGCCAGCUGCAAAGUGGACAGGAAACAGUGUUUCUCCCAAGGAUACAGCUAUGAAGUGUCAUAACAACUCCCUUUAUCAUUAUGGCUGUCUUCUUCACUGAGAAACUCUGCUGUCUAAAGUCAUGAACUCUUGGAAGCUUUGGAAUUUGAGAUAUCAGUAAGAAGGAAAGGUCCCACUUUUGCUACUUGAUUUAAGACAGUUUGACACACAGAAGCAGCUUCAAUUUCCAACUCAGGGGCAGAAUAUCCAAUAAGGGAUGUCUGAACUAACAUCCACAUCUCUGUUCCCUUUGUUGUUUCCGAGGAAAUAGGGCCCAGGCCCACGUCACAGUUCUGAUGCUGACGUUUUGCAGAGACUCACCACCCUUCCCCCGGGAACCCAGGACCUCUAAUACCUCUGUUUCUUUUCUGCGGUGGCGAAGCACAUGUGGUGUCCCUGGCGUGCAGCAAAUGAAGGGUGCCCUGAUGGAGAUCAUCCAGCUUGCCACCCUUGACUCGGACCCUUGGGUACUCAUGGUCGCGGACAUUCUGAAGUCCUUUCCUGAUACGGGGUCGCUUAACCUGGACCUUGAGGAGCAGAAUCCCAAUGUUCAAGAUAUUUUAGGAGAACUUAGAGAAAAAGUGGGUGAGUGCGAGGCAUCUGCCAUGCUGCCACUGGAAUGCCAGUACUUGAAUAAAAAUGCCCUGACGACCCUCGCUGGACCCCUCACUCCCCCAGUGAAGCAUUUUCAGCUGAAGCGGAAACCCAAGAGUGCCACGCUGCGGGCCGAGCUGCUGCAGAAGUCCACCGAGACGGCCCAGCAGCUGAAGAGGAGCGCAGGAGUGCCCUUCCACGCCAAGGGCCGGGGGCUGCUCCGGAAGAUGGACACCACGACCCCGCUCAGAGGCAUUCCGAAGCAGGCGCCCUUCAGAAGCCCCACGACGCCCAGUGUCUUCAGCCCCACUGGGAACCGGACCCCGAUCCCACCUUCAAGGACGCCGCUGCGGAAAGAAAGGGGUGUGAAGCUGCUCGAUAUUUCUGAGCUGGAUAUGGUUGGUGCCGGCCGAGAGGCGAAGAGGAGAAGGAAGACGCUAGAUGCAGAGGUGGUGGAAAAACCAGCCAAGGAAGAGACAGUUGUUGAAAAUGCCACCCCAGACUACGCGGCCGGCCUGGUGUCCACACAGAAACUCGGGUCCCUGAACACUGAGCCCGCACUGCCCUCCACGAGCUACCUGCCCUCCACGCCCAGCGUGGUUCCUGCCUCCUCCUACAUCCCUAGCUCCGAGACCCCCCCAGGCCACACUCUGCCUGCAGCUACAUCUUCCCGGGAAGCCAGCCUGCAGGCCAGCCGGCCACCAGAGGAGCCCAGCACCCCAAGCCCCACGCUGCCAGCACAGUUCAAGCAGAGGGCACCUAUGUACAACAGCAGCCUGAGCCCGGCCACACCCACGCCUACAGCGCCAGCCUCACCUCUAACACCCACCACACCCCCGGCUGUCGCCCCUGCCGCCCAGACACCCCCGGUGGCCAUGGUGGCCCCACAGACCCAGCCCCCUGCCCAGCAGCAGCCUAAGAAGAACCUGUCCCUCAUGCUCACGAGGGAGCAGAUGUUUGCUGCCCAGGAGAUGUUCAAGACGGCCAAUAAAGUCACACGUCCCGAGAAGGCCCUCAUCCUGGGCUUCAUGGCAGGCUCCCGAGAGAACCCGUGCCAGGAGCAGGGGGAUGUGAUCCAGAUCAAGCUGAGUGAGCACACAGAGGACCUGCCCAAGGCAGACGGCCAGGGCAGCACCACCAUGCUGGUGGACACAGUGUUCGAGAUGAACUAUGCCACGGGCCAGUGGACGCGCUUCAAGAAGUACAAGCCCAUGACCAAUGUGUCCUGAGGGCUGCCCGCCCCACUGCUGGCCCUGACCAGGGCUCCAAGGGAUGACAGCUUUGCUGGCUUCCAGUAACCAGAUGGUGGACACCCAGCAGCCUCUUUGUUUUAGAUCCAUUUCUCUGGGGUGUUUUAGGCUUUUUUUAAAUUUUAAUAUGGGUUACUUUUUGUGUGAUUUAAGAUACUUUUUUGGAUUCCAUGUUACAUUUUUGAAUGUUAAAACUAACCAAAAAGUUAAAACAUCCUACUUUUAGUGCCAGCUCUGCCUGUUAGACUUUUACCCUUUAAAAUUUUUUCUUUUUAAUUCCAGUGAUCUUGAGUGAGGGCUUUUCCUUGCUAGUGCAGCACUCUCCCCACCCCACAAGGUUGAGGGGAUCAAAGAUAGUGCACGGCAGUGCUGGGGAUCGGGUGGGAAUGGCCCCAACUGUGCCGGAAAACGAGAGACAGUGGGCUUCCUCCACCAACAGCGCCUGCCUCAGAGUUUUGUAUUUGUCUUUUGUAUAGUUAUGGACACUUCAGACAAUCUUUGGGUACCUAUUUUCAUUGUAAAACUAUCUGAAUAAUUAAAGGUUAGCUUUUCUAAA